UCUCAACUAAACUUACCAACGUUCACACAAACUGCCCCCUUUUGUCUCGCUAGCCCCGCUUCCCCGCCGGGAAAACCCAACUGCCGGGACAAACCCACCGCUCUGGUCUGUAUUCAGUGUUCACUCCUAACUCUAAAUUAAACCUCCAAAACCGAACAAAACAACAAAAUAAACAAAUAAAAAGAAAAAGGAUGGGAAACUGCAACGCUUGCGCCAGAGCAGAUGUAGUAGACAGCACAACAACCACAACCACAAAGCCUAACACCAACAACCGUAAACCGAACCCCUUUUCUUCCACUCCGGCCCGGCCAGCCAACCCGAUCCGCGUCCUGAACAACGACAUCCCCGCGGGCCCGCAGCACCGGGCCCGAAUCAGCGACGAUUACAUACUUGGCCGUGAGCUGGGCCGCGGCGAAUUCGGCAUAACCUACCUCUGCACUGACCGCGAGACCAAAGAAGCUCUGGCGUGUAAGUCCAUCUCGAAGCGGAAGCUCCGCACUGCCGUCGACGUAGACGACGUGCGGCGCGAGGUGAAGAUCAUGUCCACGCUGCCGCCGCAUCCGAACGUGGUGCAGCUGAAGGGAGCUUAUGAGGACGACGAGAACGUUCACAUAGUUAUGGAGCUCUGUGAGGGCGGCGAGCUCUUCGAUAGGAUCGUUGCCAGGGGACACUACAGCGAGCGCGCCGCCGCCGGAGUGUUCCGAACGAUCGCGGAGGUUGUUAGGAUGUGCCACGCUAACGGUGUCAUGCAUAGAGACCUCAAGCCCGAGAAUUUCUUGUUUGCUAACAAGAAGGAGAAUUCGCCCCUCAAGGCCAUUGAUUUUGGCUUGUCUGUGUUCUUCAAGCCAGGGGAGAGGUUUUCGGAGAUUGUGGGGAGUCCUUACUACAUGGCGCCGGAGGUAUUGAAGAGGAAUUAUGGACCGGAGAUAGAUGUGUAUGGCUUUUGUGUUCUUGUUUUGGUUUGUGGAGAGACGGAGCAAGGUGUGGCUCUGGCAAUAUUGAGGGGGGUGAUUGAUUUCAAGAGGGAACCUUGGCCGCAUAUAUCAGAUAGCGCUAAAAGCCUUGUCCGGCAGAUGUUGGAACCAGAUCCUAAAAAGCGCUUGACUGCUGAACAGGUGCUUGCACAUCCAUGGCUACAAAAUGCCAAGAAAGCUCCAAAUGUUCCAUUAGGUGAUCUUGUGAGGUCAAGGCUUAAGCAGUUUUCUAUGAUGAAUAGAUUCAAAAAGAAAGCUCUUCGGGUAAUUGCAGAUCAUUUAUCUGUUGAAGAGGUAGAAAUAAUCAAAGAUAUGUUUACAUUGAUGGACACCGACAAAGACGGAAGAGUAACAUACGAAGAACUAAAGGCUGGGUUGAGGAAAGUUGGUUCACAAUUGGCUGAGCCAGAGAUAAAGUUGCUGAUGGAAGUGGCCGAUGUCGAUGGGAAUGGAAUACUUGACUAUGGGGAGUUUGUAGCUGUUACCAUUCACUUGCAAAAAAUGGAGAACGAUGAGCAUUUCCGCAAAGCAUUCAAGUAUUUUGACAAAGACAGUAGUGGUUAUAUUGAGUUUGGUGAACUACAGGAAGCAUUAGCAGAUGAGUCAGGAGAAACUGAUCAUGAUGUUUUGAAUGACAUCAUGCGUGAAGUUGACACUGAUAAGGAUGGUCGCAUCAGUUAUGAGGAGUUUGUUGCCAUGAUGAAAACUGGAACUGACUGGAGAAAAGCAUCUAGGCAAUAUUCAAGGGAGAGAUUCAAGAGUUUGAGCCUAAACUUGAUGAAAGACGGCUCUCUUCAGCUUCAUGACGGUAUCAGUGGUCAAGCUGUAGUGGUUUAAUUAUAUUAUUAUUGUUAAUAUUAUUAUUUUAUAUAACCUCAGUGCUCUCUAGGUUUUUCUUAUUCCUUUCCACUGCUUACACUGCCUUAAGAUAUGGCUUAUUUAAUCUCGCCGUGAAAUCAGCUUUUGGGAUGGUUUACCUAUGAACAUUUGAACCAUACUAAUGAGCUUGAGUUGGUUUUGCGUAGCUUAGGUUUCUUACAUGCCUGAAGCAUGCUUUGGGGGAAUACAAUUGCAUACUAAUGAUGGUUUAUAGUUUGGCAGCAAAAAUGUCGGGGCACAUAGUAUAGGCCUAAAAGAUGUUACAUAUUCUUUGUAUAUCACACUGUGCUGUUAUAUUUGUAUUUUUAAUUCGAUUGGUAAGUGUGAUUUUCCUUA